AUGAUACCACGACACGCCCACAAGCGCUCGCUGUCUUCGGAGCAUCGAGCUUUAUCCCCCGACAAAACCGUGCAUAAGGCCAAAUCCACCACCAAUCUUACCGAAAUUGCUGCCAAGAAUGGCUCCAUUCCAAAGUUCUCCAAGUUCGAAGAGAACAAUUUCAACACCUUGCAGGAUCCGCGGUUGGCCACUCCUACCGAAGUUUCAGAUGAGGACCCAUCCGCCCAGCACCCUGACUUGAGCAAUGAGGUUGCUGCACUUAGUGUGAAACUGAUCCAGGCGAUCAAUAAUCAGACCCAGUUGGAUGACAGUCUCGUUGCUGCGCGACAAGAGCUGGAACUAGCACAGGGCAAAAUUCAGGCAUUGGAGUUCCAAAAUGAGAAAUACCGACGCGACAUUGAGGAAAGGAUAUACAUCAAACGAUCCGACGCCGAAUACGAGAUCGGACAAAUGGCAGCAGUGCUGGCAGAAGAGAGAACCAAGCGCCAGGUCGCGGAGAAGGGGAAGAAGCAAAUGGAACAAGAGCUAGAGGCCCUGACUGCCGAUCUCUUCGAGGAAGCCAAUAAGAUGGUGGCUGCUGUCAAGAGAGAUCGAGAAGCUACCGAAAAGAAGAACGAACAAUUGCGAUCCCAAGUCAAAGACACAGAAUUGCUCCUCGCGUCACAUCAGGAUCAGCUGGCCGAGCUCAAGUCGGUUAUGCAAGGGAUGCAGCUCACCAAAGAUGAAGUUGAACCCCGCACUACUCCUUCGACUGCACCUCCAUCCCCAAUUGGGGCCUCCCAUCUGCAAGGGCACGCCAAGCAGGACUCGGAAGUCCAUGGGACCGCUGCCAUUCCCUGCAAUCCCGAUGAGCAGAUUCCCGGUCCCUCGUGCAACUUUCCAGAAAUAGUUCGCCUGGUUUGUCGCAAUGACUUGCCAGCUUAUGAUGACUUCCAAGAGCUGCUAGUGCUCUCAAGGAGCUCUAAACCUCCCAGCCGUGCAGGGAGCGGAUCGUAUGGGGGUUUGAAUGUCAUGAGCCUGGCUGGUUUUGCCUCCAAUGCUAUCUCAAACAAUUAUUCCCCCACGAAAGGUGCAAAUCAUUCCCCGAACGGAAGCCUGAACUCUACCACUGGUUCUCACAUCCCCCUUAAGGACACCAAAUUCUACAAGCGUGUCCUUAUGGAAGAUAUCGAGCCCACUUUGAGAUUGGAUUUGUCCCCCGGGAUCUCUUGGCUCACUCGACGAAGUGUCUUGAGCGGCAUUUGUGAUGGUAGCCUGGUUGUAGAACCAAUGCCUGCGGCGACUAAGAAGUACGAGUUUCCGUGUACGGUCUGUGGUGAACGACGGGCUGGUGCCAAUAACGAACGUACGCAUCGCUUCCGAACCUCCGACAGUGAGACUGCUCAGCGAUACUCGCUUUGCCAGCAAUGCUUAGAAAGGUUUCGUGCUUGCUGCGAUUUCACUGGCUACCUACGUCUCAUUCUGGAUGGCCACCUUCGCGCAGGUGAUGCUGAUGAGGAACGGGAUAUCUGGGAGGAGACUGUCCGCCUCCGAGAACGAUUGUUCUGGUCACGAGUCGCAGGUGGCAUCGUGCCACUUGUGAGCCGAGUCGCCGAAGCUGACACUGAUCACGAAAACUCCGAGCCCAACUCCGAUGGCUUCGCACCCUCCGAAGCGCGGGAUGGUUUGUUACAUCCUGAAGCCAACCAUAUUGCCGAGUCAAGGAGUGAAGAUGUCACAGUUCGGAGCGAGCGAGACUCUAGCGUCUUUGCUCCCUCUCUUCCAGACCUGGACCUGCGCAAACCCUCAACACCGGAGCCACACCAAAGAACCGAAGACUUGAACUCUGACCUUCCGCCAAGGCGGGCCUCUGUAGACUCCGAGAUCAGUGUCUAUGAAGAGGCUAAUGAUGACAUGGAGACCGAGCCUGUGGAGGUUACAGUGGAGGUAGUUUCCCCCGUCAUGCUAAGUCCUACCGAGAUACCUGCCGAUGUCUCGAUCGAACACCCCACAGAGAGUGCCGAGUCUCUUGGGCAAACUGCACCCCCUCCACAUAAUGAGCCGGACCCCGCUCGCGAUCAUCAAGACAGCAUUGAUGCUACAGGAAUCACAGAGAACGAUCCUGUGGCGCUUCCCGAACACUCCGACAAGCCUACCCCCGUCGAGCCUGCCGCGGAGUCUCCAACAGAAGCCGCUAAGAAUUAG